CCUUUAAACAUCAUUAUUGAGCAUUUCCGGUUUUGUAUGAUUAUGUUUUAUAAUUAAUUCGAAUUCCUUCAAUAAUUGGUAAUUUUUUACGAAGCAUUUUGUAUAGGCGAAGCAACCUUCAAUUGCUCUUGCUAUUUUCAUUCGUUUUUUGUCAUAUGCUACCAAUACGAACUCAUACUGGUAUAUAAUGAAUUGACAACAGUAGGCAAAGUCAUGAAGAAAAAUAAGCAACCAAAAAAUAUCAGUAAUAUUGAAAUGAGUUUCGUCCGUGGGACGAAUGUAGUUUAUGAAAAUGAAGAUGCCAAAGAAAGACAUGGAAUUUCUAAGAAAAAUGGAGAUAAGUUGAGCAACAGUUUUGCUAGUUUAACAAGGGAAGACUUAUCACUCUGUGAAAAAUUGAAUUUUUCAUUGGAGUCAAAAUUCACCUUAAAACAUGCACGCACUGUUGACAACGACUCGUUUACUGACGACAAACUUACUUCUCAUGACCAAAUUCCUAAUUAUAUUAUAAAUAUGUUAAUGAUUGCCGACUACCAUGCACGUGAAUUUAUAUUAAAACCAAUUAACUUGAGUGAAGAUGACAAAGUUUACGACAAAUUUAAAGAUGUAUGUGGUUUUGACAGUGAUGACGAUGAAUUAAACAGUGGUAGUGUGGAAGGGAUCAAUCCUAUGGAUGCAUUGUUAGGGAUUUUUCAUUGUUGUGAUAAUUUCUUGCGACGAGAAUUAGCUGUUAAACUAAGUGCAUGUCAGCUUAGUGUUCCUUUUAUUUUGCCUCAUCCAGACAUGCCUGAAAAGUGUGUAACAAUCUUACUUUCAUCGUUGGAAAAAAUAACAAAGUCCUGGAGAGGUGUCUCAACUGAUGCUAAGAAGGUCUACGCAACAGAACAUCCAUUUCCUGUAGUGUCUUUUAUCCGGCUGGGUAAAGUGACCAUGUCCAAAUCAUCUCUCAUGAAUAAGAUUAUUAGUGAUGGUAAUGGUGAUCAUGAUUUCUUCUUUCAUAAAAACAUCAAAGGUGGCAAUGUUGAAAGGAAAGUUGUUGAUGGUUUAGUUGAGCUUGUGUGGUAUCUUCCCAGUGCAAAUGACAAGAAUACCUUAAAAAAAGAAAUCUGUUUUGCCAAUCUACGCGGAGAUGCUCACAAUUUUAAGAAGCAAGUUAAAAUACUUGGAGAGAUAUCAAACAUUUUGUGUAUUAUAUUGCCCUCAGAAAUGCCAGACGAGCGCAUGAUAAAUUUUUUGGAAAAGAUGCCAGUCAAUGGAAAAACAAUAUAUAUAUUUGGAAAAAAAGUACCAGAAGAAGUAAAGAAGUGCUACGUCGCCUUGAACAAUCAGCGUUCCAAAAAAUUUUCUGUCAUUACUAAAGCACAUAAGGCAAACGAAUAUAAUUUUUAUGAAAGCAUCCGAAAGAAAAUCCAGAGCAAUUUACAAGAGGCUGAAGUUGAAUCUUUAGUAAACAAGAUGCAAUACUCAAAAGAAGUUGAUGUUUAUUUUUAUGAUGACAAAGCCUCUGCUGACUUGGUGAAAACUGUGGAAACUUGGAUAACUUUGGGGAUUCACGAAAUAAAAAACCUGUUUAAGCUACAAAGUCACGUACAGGUUUUGGCAGACUUAGAAAGAAAGAAAUAUAAUCCAAAAUUUCGUCGAAGCAAUGAAAAAUCGACUAGGCAAAACGACAUUGCUGAACUAUACAAACAAAUUGAAGACGAAAAAGAUUCUCAGAGGUGUUCUUUUUAUACAAUGAACAAAGAUGUUCUUAGUUUUCUUAAUUCAAUCGUUGAGUUAAAGGAAGUUCAACGAAAUGAAAAUUUACAUCAAGUAAAGCAUUUUUUAGAUAAGACGUCUCUUUCUGUGAUGGCGAAGUUGCAUCAAGAAUAUCGCCAGGCCACUCUUUCUCUUCAAAAGAAAAGUAAAGAAUUUAAUGAAGACCCAGAACGAUCGCACGCAGAAAAUCGUUUGAAGAAACUGGAAGCAUUAAUUUCAAAGUCUUCAUUCAGUUUGGAGCAUAUCAUUAGAGAACUUGCUCAACUUUAUCUAUUGUCAAAUGAUGUAACGAAUAACUAUGCUGGUGCUGCAGCUGAUAUUCUUCUGUCUGGUCAUCCCUUGGAAUUAUUAGAUGGUGAUGCCGGUUACAUACCUUUACAAUGGUUUGAUGCUGUUUAUAAAGAAUUGGAAUGCAAAACAAAUAACUCUAGAAUUUUCGUUGUUUCUGUGUUUGGUAUUCAAAGUUCAGGGAAAUCGACAAUGUUAAAUACAAUGUUUGGUUUAGAAUUUCCUGUAAGUGUAGGAAGAUGUACUCGUGGUGCUUUUGCUAGUCUUGUUCCAGUCAGUUAUCAGCUUAAAACCGUGUCAAACGUUGGAUUCUUAUUGAUUAUUGACACUGAAGGUCUGAGAGGAACGUCUGACCCAAAAUUGAGAGAACACGAUAAUGAAUUGGCAACUUUUGCUAUUGGUGUUGCUGAUAUCACGAUUAUCAAUGUCUUUGGUGAAAAUCAGAAUGAAAUGAAGGAGUUUUUGCAGAUUGCUGUUCAUGCUUUCCUGAAAAUGAAACUUGUAAAUAAGAAAAAGUUUUGUAAAAUCGUCCAUCAAAAUGUUGCUGCAGCUGAUGCUAAUGAGAAGCUAAUGACAGAUCGGCACAAUUUAAAACAAGAUCUAGACAAAAUGGCCAAGCUUGCUGCAAUAUAUGAAAACUGCGAAGAUAAGUUUCAAAAGUUCGACGACAUUAUUGCAUUUGACGAAAACGAAGACGUGUUUUACAUGCCAAGUCUUCUAAAAGGAAGUCCCCCUAUGACUCCAAUUAACCCAGAUUACGGCAGUGCUGUGCUAGAACUAAAGAAAAAUAUAAUUAAAUUCAUGUGCUCAAAGGAUGUUUGUAAAAACAGUAUUUCUGAAUUUCGUGAUAGAGUAAAGAUUCUCUGGGAAGCAAUGCUAAAGGAAAAUUUUAUUUUUAGUUUCCAAAAUGUAAUUGAAGUGAUAGCUUUUACAUCUUUAGACAAGAUGUAUUUUGAGGAAUAUGUUAAAAAUUUGGUGAAUGGAAUGGCUGAAAUUGAAAGAAUAAUCCAACUAAGCUUGACAAGAUGCUCAACGCUUGAAGAGCGCUCUCAGCAAUGGUUAAAAGGCAAAAUAAAGAUUCGUGAAAGUGCAAAAGAGUUUCAGAGAAAAAUGGAAAAUUCUAUAAAGAGUUUUAUUGAAAACAGUGAAGAUAGAUCAACUCUUGAACAGUGGGAGGAAAACGUCAUGAACAGAAUUGAGCAACAUAAGGAAAAUCAUCAAACGACUGCAAUGAGAAGUUGCCAGGCCACUUUCAACCAUUUGCAGCAGCUACAAGAAGUCGAGGAUAAGAAACAGAAAUACAAAAAACAGCUACUUGAAAGAGCCCGAACCUUCAUUGCAUCUGUUCAGAAUACAGGUGAUUUAAAAAAAUGCAAAGCAGCGUUUCAACAAUUAUGGGAACCUUGGAUCGACGAGGUCCCUGCUUACGAAGAACAAAAAAAAGACGUAAAUAGUGAAAUGGUAGACGUGCUUUGUGAUACGAAUCGCGCUUUUAAUGUUGUUAUGGAAUCAAAACUUAAAGAUAAGGAAUAUAUAAUUGUGAGUUUUGACAGGAUGGAUCCUUUCAUUGAUGCGAAUAAGAUUUCUAUACAGCAAUCUAUUUUACAGAAGUUUGGUAGUUUGAUGGGAUUUGGAAAAAAUGAAGCCGUCGUUCGCGCAAAAAAUAUCAAAGACGAAGCAGUCUCUAAAGGAAUUGCCUUUGCAAAGGACACUUCGAAAACUGCUGUUAGAUACUCUCGUGAUCACCUAACACGUAUGUACCAUGAAGUAACCUCUACUAUAGAAAAAGCAUCUGAAAACGAACGCUUUAAAUUUAAGAAAGAAUUGAUUUGUGAUAUUUUAAUAUACACCUUUGCAUGCACUGUUAAAAUUUUUGAUGAAAUGGAGAAGCAUUACGUUGAGGAACGAGAUAUCAGGCGCGACCUGCAGCAAAACUUUAGGCCGAGGUUAGAAACAUAUUUCGUUAAUCUUGUCAACGAAAUGGAGAAAGAAGUUUUGGCUGCUAACUCGCUGGUCGAUGUGCUUCUUGAGCCUAUCAAAUCAGAGCUUAACAAGACCAUGGGACCUGCUGUGACUGGUGAACUUUUAACAAAGAGCAUGUUCCAAAGCAAAGGCCCUUAUCAUGCCAGUGUUUUAAUUCAACUUGGAGAGAAAGGUAUGUUUGAUUUGUUUGUUCCGUAUUUUGAGAAUCCAGUUAAAUUUCUGAAGAAAAAAUUGCAAGAAUCAGUGGAAGAUUAUUGCUUGAAGAGACAACCUUCUAUGGUUCGAUUGCUGGUGAGGAAGGAAACGCAAAAGAUCAAGUCAAAUAUCACCACUGCGAUUGAAUUUGCCAGUCAAGAAGCAAGACGUGAAAUGGAAAAAGAAAGUGGAAAGUUUAAAGUGAUAAACUGGAUUAGAUAUUUUGUGCAAAAAUGUUCCACGCUUGCCAUCACGAAUGAGAUGUUUGGUGUUGCGACAAUAAAUGAAGAUUUAAAAAAUAUUGACGUAUUCGAAACAAAAAUUCGUAAACGUAUUUCGGAAUUUGUGAAAACGUUGGAACUAGCUGAUGUUGAUAGUGAAACUAUUGGGAAAUGGGAUCCAGCUCCACAUGAAAUUCUUUUCCCUGCAAUAUUUGGCUGUCAGUGCGUCUGUCCAUUUUGUAAAGGUUUGUGUGAUCAGACUAUUGAAGGCCAUCCAGGUAACCACUCAACACGAAUACACCGUCCCCCGGGCUUGACAGGUUAUCGCUAUCAAGACACUCAGAUUUUGUCUUCUAAUAUGUGCACAUCUUUGGUAGCUGGAAAUUCAUCAUUUCGAAACUUUAACACCGGUGGUAAAUGGUAUGAGUGUAAAGAUUAUCAGUCAGUAAACGAUUACUACAAAUCCUGGACAAUUCCUCCAGAUCCUUCAUUUGAACCUUCUAAAUAUUGGCAGUGGUUUAUGGUAAAGUUCUCAAAAGAACUAGCUGAACAUUAUGAGGCAAAAGAACCUUACAUCCCUUCAGCUUGGAAAAAUGUGACCUUCAAAGAUGCUAAAGAGCAGCUGCAGGAAACUUACAAAUUAUAA